CCUAGAAAUUUCAAUCAUUUCCUUUAGUAAAAAUGACUUUAUGUCUAUAAAUCAAAAAAUACUUGUACUUUUAAUACUGCACUUAACUAUUCCGUUUGCUGAAACAAAUGAACUGAGAGAAGCCAAUAUGAAGAUUUAUUGCAAUGAAUUUGUGCCCCUCGGAAGACAAACUUAUAUCGUUAUAACCAUGGAAAUUCUACCAGUUAAGUCCACCAUUAUAGUAUGGCUCAGCACGCCGGACUACCUGUUGGCCUAUUUUGAAGUUGGAAACGUGAUAAAAGAAAUGCCGCCAAAAUUUGAAAAGACCUCAUCAAUCAGUAAUGAGCUUUCGUUUCUCGGAAUUAAAACUGAAAUAAAACCCGAUUAUGAAGAGGGGUACUUCGCAAACCUAACAGCUACUUUUUGGACUGCUAGUAAUACAGCUCUUUCGCUUCUUGGUCGAGUAAAGCCAAUUAUGAUAUAUGAAGUAAUACAAAUCGUAUCUAUUGUUGUAAGUCUUCCUCAGCUGUGUGCUCCGCAAUUGACAAUGCUGGCGUGCUCAGAUCCCCAGUCCCCAAAAGAGGUUCUGAUCACUCGGGGAUUUCUUACAAAUGCACAAUUUCUGGAAGAUUGUGACUUAAAAAUGAGUGAUUUUUAUAAUUGGACCCUGAGCGAUGCAGUUGGGUUAACACAGUUUGCAUCAUAUUCUACAGAUAAUCCUUACAUUAAUAUUCGACCCUUUACAUUACGGUUUUCUACUACCUAUGAAUUGUGGCGAAAUUUCUAUGUUCUACAAGUCGAGGGAAGGUCCAAUGGAUAUUAUUUCGGAGCUCGAUGUUAUGUCAAACUUAUUAUGGGUCCGGUGAAAUCCGUAAUUCUUGGCGGAAGAACAAGGCGGGCUCAACAAAGUGAAACACUUUGGAUGAACGGCUCCCUGAGUUACGAUUUCUCCAAAAGAAGUGGGGAUAUUCAGUUUUCGCACUAUUAUUGGAACUGCUAUUCAUGGGACGACAAUCGAAAUCGCUUUUGCCAUCGGAACAUAUCGUCGGUUGCUGUGUUUUCUAUUCCUGCCAAUUCCCUAAAGCCUAACUGCAGAUAUAUCUUUCGUUUACAAGUGAUUAGGGAUGACGAUCCAAAUGUUUCAUCGCAAGCAAUGCAAGUUAUUACCAUGACAAAAAAUAAAAUGCUACAGGUAACCAUAGAAUGCAUCAGGAAUUGCCAGAGGAAUUACUUUAUUCCCAAUGCAAAGGUUCAUCUUCAUUCAAGAUGCCUAAAUUGUGGCAGGAAAAAUUUUAGAACUCAGUGGUUUAUUGAUGGUCAGCUAGUGGUCACUGGUCGCGAAUUAAUAAUUAACUUAAGGACACCAUCGAAUGUGACCCGGAUCAGGUCUGUCGUUUCUUCGGAAGAUGGGCGUCACGGCCGGAUGAGUAAAGUCCUGAUAAAAAAUCCUGGGCCCUCCGGUGGAACCUGUUCCAUUUUUCCAACGGAAGGCCUCGAGGCUGUGACUGCAUUUUUUCCUUGUUGUCGAAACUUUGUGUCGCUAAACCAACCCAUAGAGUACUGGUAUUACGCGGGUUCAGUUCUUCUUGGAACUUGUCUUGACUGCAACUGCGAGAUUUACUUACCUGUCACUGAUAGCGUAAGAGUUCUGGUAUGCGAUGUAUUGUACGCAUGCCACACCAGUUGGAUAAGGGUUAAGAUCAAUGCUCUAAGAAAUAUUCCGCAUAAUGUGCCAAACCUUCUGGAGCCAGGACUCCUGCCUCGGUACUUGCAAACCGUACAAUCCAUAAUGCAGCACUUGCAUAACACGGAUUCUGGAGUAGCUCUUUUACGGCAUUUCACAACCAUUCAUCCUCAAUCGCGAAGUUCUCUCGCAAGACUGGCGAACCUAACCUUAACUUUAGCGUACCGUUUGUACCCCUCAGAUCAGAAAAAGGAUACCUUAUUAAUCAUGUUGGUAAACAAAAUUAAUGAUAAUUUCGACGAAAUAUACCUUGAUGAUGACGUGCACUUUCUUACGGAACAACCAUUCAUCAACAUUAGACUAGCCUGCUUAGAAGUAUUCGAAGUAAUGCAAGCCUUAUGCCAAAGAACUUCUCAGUACCAUAGGGCACAAAUAUCUGACAACUUAGAAGAGCCUCUUUUGGAAAAACUGAUCGCUACGCCUCAAGCGUUGGAGAACAAGAGAGGCGUGUUCAGGCUUUCCACUUGGCAAAUGGAGCGUCUAUACCGCCACUUAAAUUAUCUUCGGGAUAAUGCCUACCGAACAGAGCUUGGUAAGAAAAGAGGGGAGAAGCAAAGCUCUGUAACACUUGAUAUUCAAUGCUUCAAAAAAUUCCCAAAGAAAAAGAUUCGAGUACACACCCGCGAUCAUUUUCAGUGGGUUCUUGUUGCGCCGGGUGUUUUUGAGGACGUUAUGGGAACAAACAAGGGAAGGGUCUGCCUCAAAGUCGUGUCCAUUAAACAGGAACUGAAUUGGUGGUACCCACUCGAGAAGAAGCCUAGUUCUCUUGUACUCUCAGUGCGCAUUUAUGAAAAUGAAGAUAAUUUCACUGUCCCCAUCAUUCUAAAUCGCAGUCGGCUUCUCUAUAAGACCAUAAAUACUUAUAACAACGAUUCCUUGGUAAAGCUGCGGAGCAAGUCGAGAAGUAAGAAGAAGUCUUCGAUAACAGAUGAAGUGCCCAAAGCUGGGAUCUACGUGAAUUGCAUGAGAGAGGGAAGCCUCCGAACCAUAAGGACUGUGGGUAUUUACCGCAUAGUGCUGAUGGAGCACUCGGUGCUGGCCAUUCACUUUACUAAGGCCACUCACAGGCUGCAGGUUGUGACGAAGCUGAAAACGAAGCCCUUGUUCCGCGAAAUUUCCUCUUCCAAGUGCAUUGUGCCUGCGCGCACUAAGAGUAAGAUCAUUCUUCUGCGGAAUAACUGCCAUCAGGCUCUAAGGGCAUACCUUGCAUUGCGAGUCGCCUCGAACAUUACGAUCAGAAAUAGCCCUAAUACGCCGGUGAAGAAUGGCCCAGCGACCUUUGCGUUCGCCUUUCAAAUUCGCAGCUGUGAGACCUGGUCAUAUAGCUCUAAUCCCGAUAAGCAACACUGGGUACACUACGGAUGCUAUCCCACGAUGUCCCUCAGCGUGAGGACUGGCGUUCGUUGCAAAUGCAAUAUCCUGGGGACAUAUACCAACUACUUGUACUACAUUCCCAGCAUUGAAGUUCCUGAUUGUGUCUAUACAGAACCACAUCUCAAUGUUUUCAUUCUUUCAUUUUAUAUCAUUCUAUUUUCACUUAUACUGAUAUGGAUACUAAUGCUCUUUGUUUACCGAAAUCGCCUGCCCAGCAAGACCAUUUUUAUACCGGAAUUCGAAAGGGAUGAUAAGUCUGCUGAGGAGCUACAUGAUCUGGUCAUAUCCUUGAGGACAGGGGGCCGCCUUAAUUCUGGAACCACCGCAUCCUUAGAAUUGGUUCUUUAUGACGAAUUGGAACAGGAGCGGUCAAUCAGGGUUGUACAGGAUCCUGAGCAUAUAUUUCUCAAGCCGAAUACCACACUGUACCUUUGGAUCCGUACUCGAGAUAUCCGUAUACCCACACGGGUUUUAGUUUCCCAUAACAACGCUGGACGUUUCCCAAGUUGGUUCCUGCGUCGCAUCGAGGUGAACGACAUUCAGACCCACGAAACGCAGGUCUUCAUAGCCCGGCAAUUUGUGGAAAAGAAAAAGUUACUGUUGUCAUCGAACAUGAUUUAUAAGCAGGGAGAUGUGCGGUUCUUUGACACCUGGAAGGGUAGAUUCUACAUGCACUUCGAGAUGCUCUGGAUCAACUGGUCCCUGUGGCAGCCAGUCACCGGAAGUUGGAGGGAGUCCACCCUGUAUCCCUACAUGACUCGGGGCAAGCGAUUCUGCGUGUUCAUCAGCAAGCAAAUGGUCAACCUGACUGUCUGCGCCUCUUACUUUGGCCUGACAACAACCGAAACUUUGCAAUUAUUCCGCAGCAUGUUUCUGGACUACAAAGACCUGGUAGUGCUGAGUAGUAUCUGCUUUUUCAUGGAUAUUUUCCUGUCAUUUUUGUUCGCUGCCGUGAACUGGAAAUUCUGUUAAAGCGGCUUUAUUAAUAAAAUCAAUGAAAUAUUAUUAAAAAUUAUCACUAUGCUUGUAA